AUGAAAUUCCAAUCCUCCAUCCUCGCUUUUGUUGUGGCUAUCGGGGUCUCAGCCACCGCACUCCCCGGUCCAGCACCCAUGGCUGAUGGACUCGUUCCUAUUAGCGCCAAAAAGCUUCCUAGCGGCUCUACUGCCCUCAUCUACACAGAUGACGGGCCCGUGAAGCGAGAGCUAACCCCCAUCGCUACCAAAAAGCUCCCCAGCGGUUCCACCGCCAUCUCGUACAGCGACAGUGGAGAUGUCACGCAACACCCUACCAGCGACGAAGAUCUCUCAAAGCGCGGUUGGUGGGACUCUAAACCCAAAUACUGCCACGUAAACACAACUCCAGAAUGCGAUGACGAUAACGGCGGACCAAACGAGACCUGCAACGAGCUUUUGAACGAGUUGCAGGGAGAUAGAUCCCGUAAGCAGCCAGAAGGCGCGAAGCAGUACUGCAUUAUGUCUGGGACCGGGAAGUUGUGCUGCGUCAAGUGGACCAAGAAGGUGAACGGUCUUACUAACGGCGAUAUUGCCGACCGUUUCGAGAAGGCCACCAAGACUUGCACGCUCAACGGAAUCUCUGCAAAGUACAACAGCUUCUGGACUAGGGAUACUUGCAUGUCUCUCUGCAUUAAUGAUGGAGCUGGCUGCAAGGACGAGUCUGUGUUCAAGUCCUAG